AUGCCGCCUGCAUUUUUGUCCUUACCUCGUUUGUGUUGCAUAUUUUUGCAAUUAUUUUUUAUCAUUAAAGCUUCAUUUACCACGGAACGGGAUGUCCGGACUUUUGUGCUGUGCAAGGUAGAAAGUCUAGUCCACAGUGAUGCCGAUUCGGUCGCUGCUACAGAGGAGCUUGACUCGUUGGCUACUCGAUCCGUCUUUCAUAAAUUUAUUACUAUCUUCGCCUUGCUUUCGGAUGAAAAAUUAGUAAACUAUUAUAGCUGCUGUUAUUGGAAAAAUCGUUUUCCUAAUCAGAAACAAAUAUUCUAA